CUGGAUGGGGACCGCAUGGCCGAGUCCAUGUACGAGAUCCACUUCCGGCAGAACGUGGAGAGCAAGAUCCUUUGCAAGAAGAAGCUCUCCCCGGAUGAGGUAGAGCGCCUCCGGCAGGCCAUCGAGGAACUCUACUACUUUGAAUUUGUGGUGGACGACUUGCCGCUCCGUGGCUUCGUGGGCUACAUGGAGGAGAGCGGCUUCCUGCCCCACACCCACAAGAUUGGCCUCUGGACCCACUUGGACUUCUACCUGGAGUGGAACGGCGAUCGUAUCGUCUACGCCAACGUCAGCAUUCGCAACGUGAAGCCCACCAGCUUGGACGACAUCCAGGGUGUGCUGCCCGUCACCUACACCUACAGCGUCCAUUGGUCGGAGACCAGCGCGGAACGUCCAGGGGAACGCCGAGGAGGCCACAACGGGGACGACGGCUUCUUCCCUCACACCCUGGAGAUCCACUGGCUCUCCAUCAUCAACUCCAUGGUACUGGUGUUCCUGCUGGUGGGCUUUGUGGUGGUCAUCCUCAUGCGGGUCCUCAAGAAUGACCUGGCCCGCUACAACCUGGAUGAGGAGGCCUCUUCGUCCUCCUCAGGAGAUGACUUUGAUCAAGGGGACAACGGGUGGAAGAUCAUCCACACGGACGUCUUCCGGUUCCCACCGUACCGCAGCCUCCUCUGCGCCGUGUUGGGCGUGGGCAGCCAGUUCCUGGCCUUGGGCACCGGCAUCAUCGUGAUGGCUCUGCUGGGCAUGUUCAACGUCCACCGACACGGGGCCAUCAACUCGGCCGCCAUCCUCCUCUAUGCCUUGACCUGCUGCAUCUCUGGCUACGUGUCCAGCAGCUUUUAUCGCCAGAUCGGGGGCGAGCGGUGGGUCUGGAAUAUACUGCUGACCACCAGCCUUUUCUCCGCUCCCUUCUUCCUGACCUGGAGCGUGGUGAACUCCGUCCACUGGGCCAACGGCUCCACCCAGGCCCUGCCGGUCUCCACCAUCUUCCUGCUGCUGACCGUCUGGCUGCUGGUGGGCUUCCCGCUGACGGUCAUAGGCGGCAUCUUUGGCAAGAAUCGGGCCACGCCCUUCGACGCCCCCUGCCGCACCAAGAACAUCGCCCGGGAGAUCCCGUCCCAGCCCUGGUACAAGUCCACCCUGGUGCACAUGACCAUCGGAGGCUUUCUGCCCUUCAGUGCCAUUUCGGUGGAGCUCUACUACAUCUUCGCCACCGUCUGGGGCCGGGAGCAGUACACCCUGUACGGCAUCCUCUUCUUCGUCUUCGCCAUCCUGCUGAGCGUCGGGGCCUGCAUCUCCAUCGCCCUCACCUACUUCCAGCUGUCGGGCGAGGACUACCGCUGGUGGUGGCGCUCCAUCCUCAGCGCCGGCUCCACCGGCCUCUUCAUCUUCCUCUACUCGGUCUUCUACUACACCCGCCGCUCCAACAUGUCCGGCACGGUGCAGACGGUGGAGUUUUUCGGCUACUCGCUGCUGACCGGCUACGUCUUCUUCCUCAUGCUGGGCACCAUCUCCUUCUUCGCGUCGCUGAAGUUCAUCCGUUACAUCUACGUCAACCUGAAGAUGGACUAG